AUGUCUUUGCCUGAUGUAAACAUCUCUAUAGACCGCGGCGGCACGUUCUGCGACGUCCUCGUCCAGGUACCAGGCCAGCCAGACCGUGUCUUCAAACUCUUAUCAGAAGACCCAGCCAACUAUCGCGAUGCCCCAACAGAGGCAAUCCGGCGGGCACUGGAAGCCAUCGAGGGCCGGGCGAUCCCCAAGGGUGAAAAGAUAGACGGGUCGCGCAUCGCCUCAUGCCGCAUCGGCACGACCAUCGCUACCAAUGCGCUGCUGCAGGGCAAGGGCGAGAAAUUCGCGUUCGUCACUACGGAAGGCUUUGAAGAUGUCUGUGUUAUCGGCGACCAGACCAGGCCGAAGCUUUUCGAUCUGAAGGUUCGAAAGGCGGCGCCGCUGCAUGAUAAAGUCGUUGGAGUGGACGAGAGAGUUACAGUGGAAGACUACGACCUGGAUCCGUUUCCCUUGGACAAGAAACGGGAAAUCACUGAUCCAGGCCUUGUUAGGACAAACAGUGGUGAGAUUAUUCGGGUGCUUCAGCCGCUGGACACCGCUGCAGUCCGAGAGACGCUCCUCACGUUGAAGGCAGAGGGAUAUACGUCUGUUGCAAUCGCAUUCCUACACUCGUAUCUGUUCCCCGAUCACGAAGAACAGGCAGCUGCCAUUGCAAGAGAUGUCGGUUUCCGAUACGUGACGACAUCGUCUGAGAUCUGUCCUGUCAUCAAAUACCUCGAUCGAAGCAGCUCCGUCUGCUCUGAGGCGUUCCUGUACCCGAUCGUCAAGCAGUACAUCUCAGACUUCGAAGCCGGGUUUUCAAUCCUCCCCGCGAGAGUCGAUUUUAUGUGUUCAGACGGAGGCCUGAGGUCGGCAUCAAGAUUCAGAGGCAACGAAGCCCUCCUAAGCGGUCCGGCUGGCGGCGUUGUCGGGAUUGCACAGACAUGCUACGACUCAGACGAGGGUACACCGGUUAUCGGAUUCGACAUGGGCGGGACAAGCACAGAUGUCUCGCGGUAUGAUGGGACAUACGACUAUCUGAGCCAUACAACGAUCGCGGGCCGAAACAUCACCAUUCCGAUGCUGAAUAUUGCUACCGUUGCUGCAGGCGGAGGCUCGAUCCUCGUUGCCCGGAAUGGCCUCUUUGUUGUAGGGCCUGAGAGUGCAGGAUCGCAUCCUGGACCGGCUUGUUAUCGUAAGGGAGGGCCUUUGACUGUUACUGAUGCCAAUUUGUUCUUGGGAAGAUUGCUGCUGUCGUCGUUCCCUUCUAUAUUUGGCCCUAAUGCGGACCAGCCACUGGACUACGAAGCCACGGCGCAGAAGUUUGAUGAAAUCACAAAGGAAAUCAAUUCACAGACAGACCAGUCUCUGACGCCAGAAGAGGUCGCCCUGGGCUUUCUCAACGUUGCCAAUGAAACCAUGAGUCGACCAAUUCGUAAUGCCACUGAAGCCCGUGGGUACCAUCCUGAACGGCACAACUUGGUCAGCUUUGGAGGAGCAGGUGGCCAGCAUGCCUGUUCUAUUGCCCAGAGGCUGGGGAUAAAACGAAUUCUGAUUCACAAGUACUCGUCUAUUCUAUCUGCAGUUGGAAUCUCCAAGACAGAGCUCAAAUCGGACGCUGUUGAGCCGUAUGUAGGAGCGUUUGACCUCUCGGUGCUCCCAAACAUCAACUCCCGAUUCAACUCUUUGAAGGAAAAGGUUAGACAGGACUUGUUAAGUCAAGGUGCAAUCCCAGAGUCGAUCCGUUUCGACGAGUCUCUGAGUCUGCGGUACCAAGGUACAGACACCAACCUGGUCAUUGCAAAGCCAGACAACGAAGACUACGCAGAGACAUUCCGCAAAACACACAAAAGGGAAUUCGCUUUUACGCUGGAGAGACCGGUGAUUGUGGAUUCAGUCCAGGUUCGUGGUGCUGGUGGGAGCAGUACCUGGGAUGUGGCCUCGUCUCCUUUUGAUGCUUUAGAGAAGCUCAAGGCCAGCCCUAAGUCGGCGCAGACCCAGAUCCAUACACGGGUCUUUGUUGAGUCUUCGUGGCAGGACGUCCCUGUAUAUAAUUUAGACUCAGUCUCGCAGUCCGUCAUACCUGGUCCGGCUCUCAUCAUUGACACAACGCAGACCAUCUUCGUCGAGCCCAAGUGGCUGGCGUACAUUCUGUCUGACCAUAUGGUCCUCGAGCGACAGGCCGACAGCACUGGGCCAUUAGCUAUCCAAGUCGAGUCCAUCAGUCCAAUCCAGCUCUCCAUCUUUGCCCACCGGUUCAUGGCCAUCGCCGAGCAAAUGGGCAACACGCUGCAACGCACCUCCAUCUCCACCAGCAUCAAAGAGCGCCUCGACUUCUCCUGCGCCAUCUUCUCCCCAGAUGGCAAGCUUGUCGCAAACGCCCCUCACAUCCCCAUUCACCUUGGAAGCAUGCAGUAUGCAAUCCAAUACCAGCACCGCCUAUGGCAAGGCAAGCUCCAACCCGGCGACGUCCUCCUCACCAACCACCCCGACUGCGGCGGCACCCAUCUCCCCGACUUGACAAUCAUAAGCCCCGUCUUCACAGCCUCUGGCAGCUCUGGCAGCACUGGCAACAGACUGGCCUUCUACGUCGCCGCGCGCGGCCACCACACCGACAUCGGCGGGCGAGGCAUCUCCGCCAUGAUGCCCGACUCCAAGGAACUCUGGGAAGAGGGCCUGAACGUCCAAUCCAUGAAGAUCGUGCAGAACGGCGUCUUUCUCGAGUCAGACGUCCGCGAAGCAUUCCUACUCGCAGGCACGUUCCCCGGAUGCAGUCCCACCCGCCGGCUUAACGACAACAUCUCCGACAUCAAGGCCCAGAUCUCUUCGAACCAGCGCGGCAUCCUCCUCCUCCAGAACCUAUGUGCUGAAUUCACCCUCCCCGUCGUGCACGCGCACAUGCACGGGAUCCAAUCCAACGCCGAACUGGCCGUGCGAUCCUUUUUCAAAACCAUCGCAGCCGACCCCGACACCGACACCCAAACCAAAAUCAAAACCAAAACCCUAAAAGCAACCGACUACCUCGACAACGGCACCAAGAUCCAAGUCACCAUCACAAUCAACCCAUCCACCGGCUCCGCAGUGUACGACUUCACAGGAACCGGCCCGCAGACAUGGACAAACUACAACUGCCCGAUCUCCGUCACCCACUCCGCCGUGAUCUACACAACGCGGUGUCUCAUCGCCAGCGACAUCCCGCUGAACGACGGGUGUCUGGCGCCCAUCGAGAUAAUCGUUCCAAAGGGCACGGCCCUGAACCCGUCUGCGCCGGUGGCGGUCUGUGCGAGUACGCUGGCGUCUCAGCGGAUCAUCGAUACGAUUCUGCGCGCGUUUGGGGGUGUGGCGGCGUUUUCGGGGUGUGCGAAUAGUUUUGGGUGGGGGGUUGGGGGGAAGGAUGCCCUUACUGGGGAGAUACGGCCUGGGUGGAAUUAUGGGGAGACGGUUGGGGGGGGAUGUGGUGCUGGGCCUGGAUGGGAGGGGGAGAGUGCGGUGCAGUGUCAUUCGACGAAUACGAAGAUCACGGAUGUCGAGGUUGUUGAGAAGCGGACGCCGGUGGUUGUACGGAGGCAUGCGGUGAGACAGGGGACCGGGGGAGGGCAGGUUUAG